AUGAGGAAGAAUUUUUGCAUGGGCAGGGUGUGCCCUGUGCUUGUCCCUCCAGAUCUGUGCGGCUCCAGCGAGGAGAAGCAGCGGGCUGGCGCCCCCAGCGGCCCCGGGGCUGUUGUGUGCUGCGGGGAGCCCGGGGACAGCGAGGAGGGCAAGCCCCACUCGUACCUGGAGGCCAUCUGCAGCGGGCUGGAGGAGCCGGGCGCCGGCGCCACCGAGCAGCUGUGUCCCUACGCCGCUGCCGGCACCUGCCACUUCGGGGAGCGCUGCCUGUACCUGCACGGGGAGCUCUGCGAGAUCUGCGGCCUCCAGGUGCUGCACCCCUUCGACCAGGAGCAGAGGAAGGCCCACGAGAUGAUGUGCAUGGCAACGUUUGAGCACGACAUGGAGAGGGCCUUUGCCAUCCAGGCCAGCCAGGACAAGGUGUGCAGCAUCUGCAUGGAGGUGGUGUAUGAGAAGCCCUCAGCCUCAGAGAGGAGGUUUGGGAUCCUGUCCAACUGCACCCACACGUACUGCCUGUCCUGCAUCCGCCAGUGGAGAUGUGCCAAGCAGUUCGAGAACCCCAUCAUCAAGUCCUGCCCCGAGUGCCGGGUGAUCUCCGAGUUUGUCAUCCCCAGCGUGUACUGGGUGGAAGAGCAGGAGAAGAAAAAUGAGCUGAUUGAAGCAUUUAAGCAGGGAGUGGGGAAAAAGCCCUGCAAGUACUUUGAGCAGGGGAAGGGAACGUGUCCUUUUGGAGGGAAGUGUCUUUACCUCCACGCUUACCCCGACGGGACCCGAGCUGAGCCCGAGAAGCCGCGGAAGCAGCUCAGCUCCGAGGGCACUGUGCGGUUCUUCAACUCCGUGCGCCUGUGGGACUUCAUCGAGGACAGGGAGAGCAGGAGCGCGCCCGGCGCCGACAGCGAGGUCACGGAGCUGGGGGAGCUGUUCAUGCACCUCUCUGGGGCUGAGGAGGAUCCCACUGCAGCCCAGUGAGCACACACAGCCCCUCUGAGCCCAGCAGUGCUGCUAUUUAUUAGCCAUGCUUUUACUCUCUCCAGCACACGUAGAACAAAACGUGCCCUGGUGGUUACUCGUGCAGUCCUGGUAAAGUUUUCAGAUAGUUUUUAUAUGGCAACAAAAAAAAAAAAAGGAAAAAAACAGCAACAACAACAAAAAAAGACUAAAUAUAUUUAAAAAACAAAAAAUAAAUUGGCUGCAUGGAAAAAAAUCCCUUAAUCCCAGGAGGGUUUUCUCCCUCUCUGGCCUAACAUAUGCUGUCUUGUGAGCUGAGUGGUAGUGUAAAUACAGGUCCAGUGAAAGCUUAAGCUGGUAAAAACUGUUGCUAAAUAGAGUUUGGGUGCAUUGGGGUUUUUUUUCCUCCACUAGAUCAGCUAAAUGUAGAACUACAAAACCCACUGGGAAUAAUGGUCAGUGUAGGGUUUUCUCCUUAGAAAGGAGCUGGUGCACUGUACCUCAAGCAGUACCUGGAGUUCAGUUUGGUGGAUUCUCUGGGUGUGUGGGGCCGAGUUCCCAGCCCUGUUUCACACCAGUCAGGUGCUCAGAGGCAGCAGUGGCUCCUGCUGGGAAGCAAAUGCAGCUGCACUGAUUCCUGAACUGGCUGCACAAACUGGAGCUUGGAGCUGGAGUGAGGUGUUCCCAUAUCCCAGAGAUUGCUCAGCCAGUCCUGCCCCACAGCCAGGGGUGGCUCUGCAGCAGCUCAGUGCCUCCACUCCCCUUUUCCCCAGCAAUGCUGAAGGCCCAGGAGGGCUGGGGGAUCAAUGAACAUUGCUACUGAAUUCUGGCUUUGUUAAAAACCUGAUUUCUGUUGCUGUGGCAAAGGCAGUUGGAUUGUGAAAUCUGGCACCAGAAGUUAAUUCUGCCAAGUCAUCUGUAUUAACUUUGCAGCUAAAGCAAGAAUUCAGUGUGCACUCAAGUGGCUGCUCU